GACAUAGUUCAAUUGGAUGGUUUCAUUUCAUAUUAGAACAAAUGUAACCUUAAACUUUAGUAAAAAAAAAAAACGAACCUUAGAUAACCUUCCUCAACUUGUGCUUUUUAUCUAUCUGCUGUUUCAUCGUAGGGUUUCACCAAACGUAGAUUCCCAAAUUCUUGUAUCACAUCCGAUUCGGAACCGUAAAGCAGAUAGAUCUGAAAUGAAUUUGAAUGAAGUUAAAAGGCACAAGAGGUCUGAAUCACAUGAUGCUGCAAUUGUGCAAUGCUCAAGUAGUUCAAGUAAUCGUAAUCGGUUUUCAGAGCUCUCUCAAGACGUGAUGCUUGCUAUCCUUUGUUUAGUUCCUCUUAACUGUUUACUUAACUCUGCAAGGUACGUCUCCAAACAUUGGUCUACUGCUAUUCCAUCCUGCCUUCAACUUAAACCACCCGGUCUCUACGUUGAAAAUAUCAAGUCAGGUAGAGACUCUUAUUUCCUAGAUCAUGUCAAUGGACAAAAGUUUCGUUUCGGAAUGCCUUCAAAAAUGGGUACUUUAUUGAAUACAUGCCAUGGCAUAUUACUGCUUCGUGAAGGGAAUAGACUAACUUUUGCAGUAAACCCUAUCCUUAAGUCCUGCUUUAAAAUUCCAAUUUAUCCCACUCAUUCGAAAAGAACGAUUCAUUUUCGAUCUACUAUAGCACGUGUUCCCAACACUGCCCAAUUCAAGUUGUUCUUAAUAGAUGUUCUAAAUGUUGAGGGGGUUGAUUGGUAUGUUUUUUACGUCCUAAGAAUUGGAGUUGAUCACACAUGGAAAGAGAUAGCAACUAGAAAACAAGUUAUCCUUAAAUAUAAUUUUUUAUGGAAACCUGUUUAUAAUGGAGAAAAUCAUAUCUAUUGGAUAACAAAUGAUGGAGUUAUUGUCAUGGAUGUUGACCGGGAAAUUCUUAUAGGAGAGUAUCCACUCCCCUCUCCACCAGUAAAUUCUUCUCUGUGGGGGGUUGUUUUAUGGAUGGGAGAUCGUCUUUCUUGGAUUCUUACCGUUGAAGGUAUUAGUAGCACUAUAACAUUAACAUAUCAAAUCUAUACUUUGGAUUUUGAUUUAGGAAAAUGGAAUCUUUAUCAUGAGAUGGGACCUUUUGAUUACGAGGCUGCUUGCGGCCACAAACUGGAUUUUGACAAUAUUGCAACGCUGUGCGCGAUAUUUCGUUUCUGGUUCAACGACCAAAUUUUCUUUACAACACUUAUCUAUUCAAUAAAAAACCGAAAUGGAUUUUCAGGCUUCAAAAGAGUAAAUUUUUGUUACAAUGUCAAGACUAGAGAACUGACAAAAAUUGAUGGCAUUGCAGUGGGUAAUUAUGAUGUAUGGCUUCAUACCAACACUCUAGUUUCGUUGCCAAGUGCUCCAACAUAGCUAGGUUUUCUGGUAUAAAAUAUGCGCUAUGUAGUAGUAUUUAUAUUUAUUUGUCUUGGUUGGCCAAACCAGAAAAGUAAGUAUUUAUGUUUCUAUUUAAUUAUCAUCUAGAUUGACCAUGGCCAAACAAAAGGUGAAGUUUUAAGGGGUUGUUUUAACUUAAUUAUUGGUGAUGCCUAGUAUGCUGCUUUCACCAGAUGCGAUCAUGAUGGGUCUCAUUGGAAAAACCAGCUAUUAUAAGUCAUACAGGUUUCAUUUUUUAAUGUGUUGUACAGGUUUUCUUUUCUAUUAUAUUA